GCUACGAAACAAGGUUUCAGCCUGAAUCAACCAGUUUGAAAGAUCUCUGACCUAUUAUACAACAGUCCCUUAGUUAUUGUACAUUGGUUUGUGUGCAGCGGGGGAGGGGAGGUCAUGGAUCCUGGUGAUGUCCAUGGAGGCGCCACCCUGUCCUCCCAGAGCCACCCUUUAUUGAUCGCUUCGUCUCAUGCCGGUCGUAUAUAGACCUGGGAUACCGUUUUGAGUGGUCGUCUGACGAUUUAUUUACCUUAGAGGUUUUAUGCAGAUAUAAAUAUAGCUACAGCGAGCUCUGUAUUCUUGUGUCGUCAAGUUGUGGCGCUAAGUCGCGCCACUUACCGCCAACACGUGUGUAUGGGUGACGUCACUGAGCAGAUCCUACCCCGGUUCUUAAUGGUGGCCGGUCAAAAUAAGCCAAAUACUUUGAAACUUAACAGUGUGGCAAGGCAAGCCAGCCGCUAUUCCGCCCGAGACCCAAGAUUAAGAACCUAAAUUUACGAACAAACAUCCAACAACUUCCAGUAUUUUUCUAUGGUAUUAUUUGUAGUACAAACGUAAAAAUGGAACAAGAUUGGGAACCAGUUAUUUUGAGAUCUACUAGGACUCCGAAGAAUAGGGAACUGGUCAGAGAAAGUGCUGUAAGGGAAUCUCUUCUGUCUGACUCCACAUCAGGAAUAUGCAAAGGCGAAGAAGAUGAUACUACUAGUGUUGGCACUGCUUCGUUCUCGAGCCCUGACCUAGAAUUCAGUACACGAGAACGGCUUCCAACAAUUCAAAAGAAACUCCCAAACUUGGGCGAUGAAGCAAUUGCAUUACUGGAUAAGCCGAAAGCUAAUAAUGUUAAAAUAACCGUGAAUCCUGCUGAUAUAAAUAUCGAAACUAGGAAAAAUGAGGAAGGAAAAUGUGAUAAAGACAAAGUCAAGAUACCAGAUGGUGGGUGGGGUUGGGUGGUUGUGCUGUCUUCUUUUGUAAUAUCCAUGAUAGCAGAUGGAAUCAGCUUUUCUUUCGGAUUACUGUACAUAGAGUUUUUAGAAGAAUUUGAAGCCAGCAAAUCUACAACGGCCUGGAUCGGCAGCCUGUUUAUAGCUGUGCCACUACUCUCCGGUCCUGUGAUGAGUGCUUUGGUUGACAGGUAUGGUUGUCGUAGUAUGACUAUUCUUGGUGGCUUGAUUUCAACAUUGGGAUUUGUUCUUGCCUCGAUUUCUACGAGCCUAGAAAUGAUGAUGAUUACUUUUGGAGUUAUUGCUGGUUUGGGUCUCGGGCUGGUGUACGUUACCGCUGUCGUAUCUAUAGCAUACUGGUUCGAGAAAAAAAGGAAUCUGGCGGUUGGCUUAGGAGCUUGUGGUACUGGCGUUGGAACAUUCUUGUAUGCACCUAUGACACAAUACUUUAUUGACGAGUACGGAUGGAGAGGUACAAUUCUCUUACUCUCUGGGACACUUUUGAAUUUAUGUGUUUGUGGAUGCGUUAUGAGAGAUCCAGAAUGGUGGAUAGAAGAACAGAAACGACAGAAGAGCAGUAGAGAUGAAGGAAAACUUAAGAAAGAUGAUGAUAAGUCUAGACAUUCCAGUUCAGCUUCAAUUUCUGUUCCAUAUGUCUUUGAUUUCGAUGCACCAACGCGUGGCAAGAGUAUGGUUGGCUUGAUCAAAAGAGGAGUUUCUCCGGAAAAGGUGAUCAAACAAGAGGCAAAUAACAUCAAACGUCACCAGGAGAUAAUGAAACUUAAGAAAAGUAAACGUUUCAAUUCAAAAUCUCAAUCCGUAGAGAACCUACCGACGUAUCUCACUUACAGCGAGAAGUUAUCAAUGGGAACAUUAGAUACAUUAGUAAAAAAGACUAGCAGGGCGUAUGGGAUCGAGGUGAAGUAUCCAGCAUUUGCCAUAAAUCGUACGAAGAAGCAACUAAUUAAAGAACCGAGCAACGAAAUAAACGACCCCCCUGUAGUUAAGUACACGAAUGAUGUUCUUCAACGGACGAAUUCAGAGAAAUAUGAGAAUAAAGAUAAGACUUCGGAUAAAUAUGAACUCAAGAAUCCGAAGAGAAAGGUAAUGAGAAAGGCUCAGUCUGAAACGAAGGAUGACAGAGAACUGGUAAAGCAAGAUAGUAAAGAAAACAGAAAAGAUUGGUUGAAAAAGCAACUGUCUGUAAAUCAUCAUUAUUUGAGAGAUUUGAAGAUGCCCUUAAACUCUAUAAGCCACAGAAAUGCGAUGUUGAACAUAAAGAGGUAUAGGCUGAAGGCAUCUUCAUGUCCUGACAUAUUUAAGAACUCUAUGAUCACUAUUGAUGAGAAGGAAGAGAAGUGGUACGACGACUGCUUCAGCUGCCUCGCAGACAUGUUCAACGUGACCCUUUUCAAGCGAAUGACGUUUAACCUCUUGUGCUUGGGUACCAUCAUUUUGUUUAUCUGGUUUAUCGUGCCUUACUUCUACCUCGCCGAGCACAUGAUACAUAAAGGGUAUACUGAUGAUGAAGGCGCUGGCAUGCUCAGCUUGAUUGGAAUUACUAAUACUAUUGGAAUGGUCGGGCUUGGCUGGAUAGGAGACUUCCCCCAAGUUUCCAUUGGAGGCCUAUAUGCUGUGUGCCUUGUACUCUGCGGUGCUUCUGUAGCAGCCAUUCCACCAGCCGCAGCCACCAAUUACUGGAUUCUAGCCUCUGCUGCUUCAGCUUUUGGGUUGUUUUUCGCAGCGUCAUAUACCUUUACACCGAGUCUGUUGGUCAAGCUGGUUUCUUUGGACGACUUUACUUCGGCAUAUGGGUUGGUGUUACUCGCGCAGGGAAUCGGUCAUCUUAUUGGUCCACCGCUGUCAGGUUUCAUUUACGACGUGACAUUAUCCUGGGAGCUAUCGUUCUACCUGGCUGGAGGCUGGAUCGUAGUGGCAGGUAUACUAGUCUCACUCAUACAACCGGUGAAGAACUAUCAACUUCGUCGUGCAGCUCUCGAUAACGUCAGCGUGGCUUAGAGCCUUAGACCAAGAGAACACGUGAAAUAGAAAUAAGGUAACAAUAAAUUCUCUGAUUCUAAAACUCCCUAAAGGUCGGUAACGUGCUUGUAACCCAUAUGAUAAUUGUAAUUUAUAGGUGACCAGUUAUCACGUUAAACGCUCUAUGUAUAUUAUAAAAUUCAAUUUUUUGCGAGUGGCGCCACUAGCGAGUAUUGUCCUGUUAGUCUAGUGCAGUUGCAGUCAAAAGUUUAAUUUUCAAAAGUAUGGGUAAUUGGCAAUACUAAUCAGCGCUACUUAGUGAAUGAUAUUUAAGCGAUGAUCCUGAUUAAAAUACAUAAAGACAGUACACUCCAAUGAUUUAAUGAUGACGUAAAUCAAGUCUGAUUGAUCUUUAAAUAACUAUUAUGCAUUUAUAGAAAGAUCUCUCUUGCGUAGACAGAAGAAAUGUAUGGAGUUGCCUUGCUUAGUCUAAGAGUAGUACCAUAAUUUAUGAAAUCACCUAAAUGGCACAGUUUAUUAAAUUAACGGUUCCCAUAUUUUAUUAAAUUAGUCUUUAUGAAUAUUUAUUCCUGUAGUAAUUUAAGUAACAAAAUAUUUAUGAAAAAAUGUAAUCUUCGAUAACGAAUAAUAUUUAACUUCGCAAACGGAGUUCUAGUUUCUAAGAUGAAUUUAUUAAAUUUGAAUUUUAUCUAUAGUUUGCUUGUAGAAUUUUGUUCAAUGAAUUAUAUAUAGGCAGCUGUUUAAUGUUUAGUUAUUAGGAAUUAAUUUUAGCAAUAAAAGACACCAAAUUAGAUAAAAUUAGGCCAAAUUAUACACACGCCUUCUUUCUGUCUCCAUUUUAAAAUGGAGUACCUAAAAAAAAUAUUUCGUAGUAAUCCAUAUUAGAUUAUUAUGAACCGACUACCUUUAACACUCGUUCAUAUACUAUCUACAAAAUACAAUCACAGAAAUCAUUCCUAUAGUUUACAUUUGUUACACAUUUCAAAGUUGUCUCAAUUUCUCAGUUAAUUGAAGGCGCGUCUGUCUGUCAAUUGGGUCAGUUAUUUAAAUGAAACACCAAUUUAAAGCAAUUAAGAUUAUCCGUCUUGUAUUGUGCAGCACGUGUUUCGGUAACGAGUUAGAUCAUAAUUUCUUUUUUAUUGCCUAAUAAUAUCUACAUAUUUAUAUAUUAAUAAAUUUUAUAAAAAUCGAAUGAUCGGUUAUCCCUAAGACAGCUAGGCAAGUUGCUGGGGCGCCAGGCUAAAGUGUGAGUCAAUAGAGUGGCGACGGAGCCAAAAAAAAUUAGGAGCACCUAUGUGGUGGUGGCCUCGGGCGCUCUCUAGGUUCAAUCCGCCUCUGGUGAGAUCGGUCAUUGACGUCUCUGCUUAUGAUACAGUGUUCAUUUUAACACUAAAAAGGUCGAGAAUCGAACUGACCCAGCGGCAGUUGUAGGUAAUCAUUAUUUUAUUUUAUAAUUAUUAUUUUUUUUCCAACAAAAAAUUAUUAAAAUACAAUAAAUAAAAGCCCAA